UAAAAUGUAUCAUGAUUAAACUUGUUUACUUCCUGGAUUUAAAUAAAUUUCAUUUUUUAAAUUCAGAUCUGAAAUGUAUAUUGACUUCCUGACUGUUUCAUUAAAGUGAAAUAAUUUGUGGAAACUAUUUUUUAGUUUAAAUUUAAGAAAAUGGAGCGUAUUAAAAUAACGGUUGUGUUGAUUCUAUGGGUACCGAUGCGGAUGUGGUUUAUUCCAAGAUUACAAGUGGAAGGUAUAGUUGAUAAGGAAUGUUACGACAACUGUAACUGUUGUGAGAAUAAUAGUUGUCAUUCGCAAUAUGGGUGGCCUAAUGUCUGCACUGAGGGAUGCAUCGACCGUCACAGGGGUGCAAGAUGUUAUGGACUUUGUACCUACCAUUGUGUAUCGUGUGAAAAGGACGAUAAUGUAUGUUCUAGAUGUUUCGAGGGUUAUUUUCCUGGACCAAAUAAAGAUUGUACAUCGGAAUGUCCCACUAACUGUAAAGCAUGUACUUCUGACACAAAUUGCACUGCUUGUAAGGACGGUUAUUAUGACAAAGAUUGGUCGACAACAUGUAUGUACUCUAUUUGUCCAGAGAACUGUGAGUGCAUUGGUAGCACAUGUGCAACUUGUAAAAACGGUUUCUAUGACACAGACAAUGAAUGUAAUAAAGAAUGUCCGCCUGGCUUUCAUGGGCUGGAUUGCAGUGAAACAUGUUCUAUUCAGUGCUUGAACAGAACAUGUGGUAUCGGUAAUGGUGUCUGUGAUUAUGGCUGCGUAGAUGAAUAUUCUGGCGAUAAAUGUUGUUUGCGCAACGGCAACUGUAUAAAAUGCGCUUCCAACACUGAAUGCAAAGAAUGCAAACCUGGUUAUUUCAGUUAUACAUGCAAGGAAACAUGUCCUGUUAACUGCAUCGAGUCAUGUGACAUCAUAUCAGGUGCUUGCAGUGUCUGCAAAAUAAACCGUUUCGGACCUUUAUGCAACUUUACAUGCUCUGAAAGUUGCAAAGUUCCACCUAACAGCAAAACAAGACGGUGUGCGUCAUUCGACGGAACGUGUAUAUUUGGCUGUGAAGAUGGUUUCUUCGGUACAACAUGUAAUAAGACAUGUAACAGACUUUGUAUUGACAAUGUUUGUAUGCGGGAAAGUGGUCUAUGUGUAAAUGGGUGUACAGACUCAUACGACGAAGUGGAAUGUGCACUCAGGAAACCAAAAGUUGCAUCUGACUCAUCAACAUCAACAUAUAUUGUUUUAGCAGCACUCUUGGCUUUGGCUACUGCUGUGUUAUGUAUCCUAAUUGUAUGGACAAUGGUGAAGAAGAUGCGAUCUACAAACAGGUAAUCCUUCAUAAAAAUG